AAGAAGUGAAAGUAAUUUUUCGGUGUGAAUAGGCUACUUGACGCCGUGACGAAGGAUCUAAAGUAUAAUAUGGCUCAACACUGAUUCCAUGAUGCAGAGUGUGUCCUCAUCUCCUCAUUUUCACUUGGUCCUCCUUGGACAGGUUGGAGCUGGAAAAAGUGCCACAGGAAACACCAUAUUAGGAAAGAACAGUUUUAAAUCAAGGAAAAGUUUAAAGGCAGUAACACAAGAGCUUCAAAAAGAAAGAGUGACCAUUGAUGGGCUUUGUUUCGAUAUUUAUGACACACCAGGGUUUUUCAGUCCUGGCGUGCAGAAAAAAGAUAUUAAGGGGAAAUGCCAGGAAGUUCUACACUUGAAUGCUUCAGUACCCACUGUGUUUUUAUUUGUGGUCAGCACUGAUAGGUUUACAGAACAGGAGAAGAAAACAGCUGACAUAGUUGUCAAGUUUUUGGGGGGCAAGCAUUUACAGAACACUUGGAUUCUCUUCACCAAAGGAGAUGAACUACAGAGUAAUGAAGUCACCAUUGAAGAGUACAUGGAGGAUUCAGAAGAUCUUAAAGAUUUGGUGAAGAAACUUCACAACCGGUAUCAUGUUUUCACCAACAAAAUGAGUGAACAUGAUCCAAACAAUAAAAAGCAAGUUGAUGAUCUGAUUGUAAAAAUAAGGAGUACUAAUUCAAGUAUUUCGGCAAACUACCUGAACCAGCACCAAGGGGCAGAGGACCUUCCUAACAGUGACCAGAUCCUCCCUUUAAUCAGUGCUGCUGCACGAGUCACCUCCACUGACGAGAACAACAAUCCCCAUUCACGUAAAAUAUUACUUCUGGGGAAGACUGGUGUUGGGAAAAGUGCCACAGGAAACACCAUAUUAGGACAUAGUGUUUUCAAAUCGGAAAAAGAUGUGAAUGCUGUGACUACAGAAAGCAAAGUGGAAUGGGCAAAGGUAAAUGGGAGGGACGUGUCUGUGAUCGACACACCUGGAUUCUUUGACACAAAAAUGAAAGCAGAGAAAUUAGCUGAUGAGUUUGGAAGGAGUUUAAACCAAUCUAAAGGAGGACUUCAUGCACUGCUCUUAGUUUUUGAAUACGGCCGGUUCACAGAGCAGGAGGCAGAAAUGUUGAGCCGAGUUGAAAAGGUUUUUGGGAAAGAUGUGACAAAGCACAUUAUUAUUGUCUUCACUCAUGGGGAUGAAUGUGACCAUGAAAAAUUAAAGUCAGGCAUUCAGAAGAAUGAAUUACUCUCUGGAGUAAUAAAGAAGUGUGGAGGCAGAUAUCUCAUCUUUAACAACAUCGAUCAGAAUAACAGAAAAGAUGUUACUACAAUACUGCAGAUGAUUGACACAAUGGUAGAGAGAAAUGGAGGAAAGUGCUACACUAAUGAAAUGUUUAAAAUUGCAAACAUGGGUACAUUCGAAUAUGUGAUUCACUUGAUAAAAGAGUUUUGUUUGAGCGCAAUAGGAAUUUUCAGAGGAGGAAGCACUGACCCAAGAACUAACACAUAG